GUAGGGGAUCUUCCCUCCCCAGUAGCUGUCACAAUUUGUGGCCGUGUCCAGGGGCGGAGUGACCAUUCGAGAACUCGGGCAGUGCCCGAGGGCCCGGGGUCAGUAGGGGGCCCCAUGAAAUGCCCCUGGUACCUUUUUUAUAGGCUUUUUUUGAGUGUGGGCAAGGACACAGGGGCCCCAUGAUUCCCUAUUGCCCGAGGGCCCCAUGAGUUGUCAGUCCGCCCCUGGCCGUGUCAUUCAUUCACAGAGUUCUGUGAAUGGGAAACUACAAGUUCUGAUAGCCUUUGCAGCUGUCAGCUUUAGGUUCUUAAUGAACUACCAUGGCGCUGUUGAGGCUUUUUUGAGUGUGGGCAAGGACACAGGGGCCCCAUGAUCCCCUAUUGCCCGGGGGCCCUAU